UACAGUACCUGGCAACAGUCUCAUCUCACUUAAUCAAGCACUGAUGGUGAAAAGACAGCGCCACUCCCAAUUAUCUUUAGUUUCAGCAAAGCACGAAAGCAUGUGUAUGCAAGGCAUAUAUUUAUGUUUGGUGACCUCUGAUAACCCGACCGAAAACCCUUCACUGCCUUGCAUUCACACCCACAAGCCUGCUAGCAUGAGCCCACUCAUUACUGCUUAAUCACUGAAUUACGUUUAAUCAGGUUCAUUUUCACGCCUCAUUACUAUUAAUGGAACACCAUUAUUUGAACUGGUACUUUUGCGAAGAAUUAAAGGCAUGCCAAAAGGCUUGUAGGAUUUUAGCAGGAAUUUCACAUUCAGAAUGCCAGUGUGAUCACAACGUGAGCCUUUUUUUUAGAUUAUGUCUGUGACAGCCAAAGCAUCCUGUUGCUUUUUGAUAUUAGCAGAAUGAAGACAUGUGGGAAAAUGGCAGGGAAGUUCUCACUCCUCCUUACUUGAUUUUAAUAGCUAAGAUGGUUGGUUGUUAAAGCCAGCAUCAUAGCAAGCACUGCCAUGGUUACCUGAGUGGAAACCAGGCCAUUAGGGACUCUGACUCCUCCCAGCCCAUAAUUCUCCUUGGCCUCAUAAACAUGUUUACUUACACUGACACAGCCAAAGAAUAGGCAAAUCCAUAAUGCAUUUAUUUGACAAAAAUAAAAGCACGUACUUCCUCUCACAGGUUGCAUGGAAAGCAAAGACUUUGUUUUUCAUGUUUAUACUGAUUAUCCAGGUUGUUUCGCUGACAGCAAUUCAAAACCCUCUUAAAAAAACAUUAACCUCUUUCAUAAAUUAUUAUCUUUUUAGUAAAUAAAUUGUAACUGCAAAUAUCUAAAUUCAUGUAAUACUUACCUGUUGGUACAUUUGGGACCGUUGGGUUAAAUAAGGGGAGGGGAAGAUAGCGCCACAGAGGACUUGGUCUUUGACUACACCCUGAACAGUGCGCUGGUAUCAUUUCAAGUGAAAUAUGGAGGUAAAAUGUGGUGCUUAAAUACAUGGGUGAGAUUCUGAUGUGAAAAUGAGUUGGAUGCUCUCUUUUGGGGUGGCUGUGGCCCUGCUGGCUCUCUUUCGGGGACAGGACACUGUGAAUGAAGGAAAUAACCUGUCUCUGUCUGGCUACCACCUGUGCACUCAUAAUGAAACAAAGACUGUGAGUUUCCUGGUGGUGCACAAGGUUCCCUAUUCAGUGUCAAAGCCUUGUGGCGGUUGGCUCCUCUGGAAGACUUGUAAUGUCACAAUAUACAGGAUGAUCCAUCAGACUGAGUACAAGCUGGUGACGGAGCAGGUGAUGGGAUGCUGCUCUGGCUAUGUGCAAGUUGGUCAUUACUGUGCCCUGUCUGUAAACAGGAGUGGUGAGUUUAGUUCCAAGCCAGGAUCCUGUCCAACUGCAGAUGGAUUACAUCCCAGUUCUGAGGAGUGUGACUUGGAUAUAGACUGUCCAGGCUGGCAAAAAUGCUGCCAGCGAUCUCACCACUCUUUCUGCAGUGAUCCAGCAACAAAUUAUUCUGAGAAUGGAGGAAACCGUUUGAAUGCAACAGUGACAGUGAAGACAGACUACCAGCAACUGAUGUCCAAGGAUGAAGGGCUUCUGAAUCACACAAGGCUGCUGCAAGCAAUGGUGACUGGAGCUCUGCAGUCUGAUGUUUCUGUCUAUUAUCUCAGCACAUGGCCUGUGCAUCCCUACAGAACUGCCACCUCUCUGCUGAUUGAGUGUAACUUCACUCUCUCGUUGUACAACGUCACAUCGAAGCUGCAUCGUCUUCUCGAACACAUAGAGGAAGUGUCCUCAAUAACAGUGCAAGAUGUAGACGAGUGUGCACAUUCUGCUCUUCGUCAGUGCUCGCUUUGGGCCGACUGCAACAACACAGUGGGUUCUUAUGAGUGCGUCUGCCGCCAAGGUUACAUUGAUGUUGACCCGAGCAACCCUGGAGCCCACUGUUCAGCUGACACUGGAGUGUGGACCACCGCUGAGCCCACCCUGACCAGCCCUGCAUUGAUGAACACAACCUAUCCCCCUGCUUCCAAUCGCACACAAGGCCCUCCUGGCAACAACACAACAGAUUUCUUCACUUCCACUGAGAUCAGCAUGACUGCCACUCCGAGUAAUACGACCUCUGUCUCUUCGAAUUCAUCACAAGCUUCGCUGUGGACGAGUUCUGCAUCUUACAGCCAAAUGAAUACAACUGUGGCGUCAGCUCUUCCAGCGACAACAUGCUCCUCAGCUCCCCCCAGCAUCAGCAGCUUAUGGUCCACUAAUGUCACUGGAACGUCCUUCUCUGUCUGCUGGUCCAAUCAUGCUAAGACAAAACAGACUUACCUGGUUGUUCUAAGAAAAGGGUCAGAGGUCAUUCAGACACAGAAAAUCAGUGAUACCACGAUAGAGGUGAGCGGACUGAAGCCCGGACUGCUCUACAAUGUUACUGUCACACCUUGUGCUUGCGGAAAUCAAGGAGCCCCUCUCCAUAUCUCAGUAAAAACCUACGCUCAGACUCUCGAUGCCACAACACGACUUACCAACAUAAAGUUCACAGCUGACCUCCAGAACACCAGCAGCCAGGCCUACAUAAACCUCAGUGAGAGUAUAAUAGAGGAGAUCUACCAGUCUCUGUCUCCAGAGGUGAAAGCCAGGGUGGAUUCAGGCCAGGUCAGGAUCGAGAUCAGAAACUUUUCCCCGGGGAGCGUGAUGGUCAACUUCACCAUAGUGUUUAUCCCAAGUCAAAGUCUGGACAUAAGCAAUGUGUCCACAGCAGUUCUGCAGUCCCUGAAGAACAGCUCGACAUACACAGUAGAUCAAAACAGCACAAGUCUAAAUGAUUUUAAUGAAUGUGCUUCAGGGGAGAAUGAUUGUUCCCAGUCGGCCACAUGUAAUAACACCUGGGGCUCCUAUACAUGUGUUUGCCUGUUUGGAUUUACUGACAACGACCCAGAGAGACCUGGACGGGUCUGCCAAGCACCUACAACCUUAGAAACAGCGGCACCGCCCCUGACAACAGGAAUAACACCCUCAGCCACUGAGCCAGCUGUAACCACUUUAACUACUGCUCCAGAAAUAACCACAGACAAUAUAUCAACAAGUCACAUGGUUUUCACAAAAAUCUCAACCGUUGGUCAAGCUUCCACCAUCACUACCUCGACAACCAAUACUUCCCCAACAGCCAUUCCCGCUGCAAUCACCACAAUUGCCCCAACAACUGCUACCAACUCAACAAAAAGUACCACUGCUCUGGGAUCUGCCACCGAUGACUCUAUCCAAGAAGCCCUCUCAGUCCAUUGCAGACUUGCAGCCAUCACUGUGACUGUCACUAAGAGUUUUCUUCUGAGCUCCAUGAUCCAGGAGAGUGCACUUUACUUGGGCAUGGUGGGCUGUGGCAUCAACGGCGGCAAUGACACGCACGUCGAGCUGACUGUGGCGUGGAACGAGUGCGACACUAAACUUGUGCAUAAUGAAACCCACUACAUAGCCUCUGUAAACCUGUUUAACACUAUGGAUCCAUACACUUCACCAACGGGAGCAACAGAGGUGCCCAGAAAACAGCUGGAAGUCCCGGUCAUGUGUACCUACAUGAAGAGCAUGCUUAUUUCUGCAGACCUUAGCGGCAUGGGGUAUGACAUAAUUAAAGACCUCAUUGUCACGGGAUCGGGGUCAUUCCAGGUGAGCGUGCAUCUGUUGGACGGUGCAGUGCCUCUGCCUUACAACUACAGCCUGUCCCGUGAGCAGCCCGUGGUAGUGGAGGUCAGACUCAACACCUCCUCAGAUCAGAUUAAAGUAGUCAUCAGCACGUGCUGGUCCACUCCCACCCCAAACCCCGUGGACGCCUACAGCCAUGUCUUUCUGGAGAACAGCUGUUCCCUGAAUACAUUCACCAAAGUGAUGAUGAACGGGAACUCCAGCACGUCCCGUCUGUCCGUGCAGAUCUUCUCCUUUGUCAACCUGAAGGUGAUCUAUGUGCACUGCAAGGUUCAGAUCUGCCUGCAGACUGAAUCGAAUAGCUGCGUGCCAGACUGUCACCAGAGAACAGCUCGAUCUGUAAAUGCACUUGGAACAAGGUUCGGUUCAGCUGGGCCUCUGAUCAAUUCAGAUGAAGGGCCCUUGGAUAAGGAGUUGAGCACUCUAAAUGUAGCUGGGCUUUCCAUUCUCGGAAUUGGCUUGUCGCUCUUCUUCGUCUGUUCCUUCGCCUGCCUCUUCUACUGCCAGAGGAACCGCAUCGGACACUACAAUUUUAACGUCAAACCCAAAGAGGAGAAAUUCACCUAUCUUGUCUUUAACACCUAGAGACAGCCCCUGCACCCACAGGCACAGAAUUAGAAGAGAUUAGACGUGCUGUCGCUGCUUUUACACUACACCUGCCACCAUGUGUCACUGUUGCACCAUUCACCAUUCGUCGUGUACAUGAAACUAUUAUGUACAGUUUGAAUUUAAAUUUCACCUGCACCUUCUUUGUAUAGUUAUGAUAUUCAGAUGAUAGAGUGGUUGUAUACAGGGAUGUCAAAUGUAGAAACUAUCAAUAUUUCAUGCAUGACAUAUUUAAUGACUGCAGAGAAUCAGAUACCAAAUUACUAUGCAAGUUUGGUCUCCGUAUCCUAUUCUUAUAGUCAAACUGCUCAUAAGAAGCAUACUGCACAGCUGCCUCUUUAAAUUAUGUUAGCUGCUAUUUUUUGCUGCCUGUUAUCUAUUGUGUUUACUGACUCAUAAUUUGUGCUCUAAGUGAUGAGACAAUAAACAAGUCCUGUAUAGACUCAGACA